GUUUACCAGAUUACCUGACCAAAAAAAAAAUAUGGGGUUUAUCGAUUUCAUCAAGGAUAUUCUGCGCCCGGGCAAUGGCGUGGAUUAUCCCAAGCCAGGUGACAUGGUGACAGUGCAUUACCACGGCUAUCUUUUUGACCCGGCACGGUCAAGGAACCGAGGGCGUCGAUUUGACAGCAGUAUUAAACGGGGAUUUCCUUUUACUUUCAAGGUCGGUGUCGGCCAGGUGAUCAAAGGAUGGGAUUUUGGUAUUUUGGGGAUGAGUCUGGGUGAAAGAGCCUAUCUUACAUUCGGCCCUCACUAUGGAUAUGGCGAAAAGGGAGCUCCUCCGUUUAUUCCUGGCAACUCAACCCUCGUCUUUGAUGUCCAGCUACUCGCCAUCAAUGGCCGAGGGAUUGAGUCGGAUGAUUCUGAAUAACUGUACAAUACUAUCCAACUUGCUUGUCAAUGUUCACAUUAUAUACCAUGUACUUCUAUUUUCACGUCAUUUUGCGCCUCAGAUAUACAGUGCCUCAUCACCUCAACCUUGCUCGACAUAUCGUGUGCAACAUCACACUCACGUUCUAUUUCUCGCUCUCAUCAAAGAGAUGCCGCAGCAGCACGUAUAAUCUCUGCCACCCGCGAUGGCUGACUGAGCUGAGGCAUGUGGCCAGCACUGCACCGCUCAAUCUGGCUCCCCGCCAGGUUAGCUAGUUGCUCUUGGAGGCCCG